CACACACUGAGAAUAAUUAGAUACUAUAAGUCUUCAGAAGGUCAUUAGACAUAUCACUUAAAAUGGAGUUCUGCUUUGGAUUAUUUCCGACACGUGGAUCCAAGAUCUCAUGGAUCAGCCAGAUGCUUCUUUGUUCAAUGCUGUGCAUGUGGACUUCUGUGGAGAGCUGGUCUUACUUCUACUCCAACACCACCAUGGAUUGGGAGCAUGCUAGAUCCUGGUGCAGGGAGCACUACACGGACAUGGUGGCCAUCCAGAACCAGGACGAGGUCGGGCAUCUCAACGCCUGGCUGCCCAGGCAACGCACUUACUACUGGAUUGGGAUCCGCAAGAUCGACAAUGUCUGGACCUGGGUGGGCACCAACAAGGCUCUGACAGCAGAAGCAUCCAGCUGGGCAAAUGGUGAACCAAACAACCGCAAGCAGAAGGGUUCCGGGGAGAGCGAGGACUGUGUGGAGAUGUACAUAAAGAGGGAGACGCAGCCAGGCAAGUGGAAUGAUGAGAGGUGCGGGAAGGAGAAGACCGCUCUGUGCUUCGCAGCGGCCUGUAAGAAGGACUCAUGUGGCUAUGGAGACUGCGUGGAAACCAUCAACAGCCACACGUGCGCUUGUUUCGAGGGCUUUUAUGGAGAGAAGUGUGAAGAGGUUGUUAAGUGUGACAGGGAGGAGGUAACUGUCCCUUCAAAAGGAAGUGUCAACUGCUCUCACAAGUAUGGAAACUUCUCCUUCGACUCAUUGUGCGAGUAUUCCUGUGAGGAAGGAUACGAGCUGAGUAUGUCGAGACCCCUGAGAUGCACCGGCUCCAAAGAGUGGUCGGACCAGCCUCCUACAUGUGAACCGGUCCAGUGUCCGGAGCUGACUCGUCCUGAAGGAGGAUCCAUGGAUUGCUUCACUCCUCUGGGCCCCUCCAGGUACCAGACCACCUGUGUGUUUGCCUGUGACGAGGGCUUCGUCCAAGCUGGUUCCUCCUCUGACACUCUGCACUGUGAGGCAUCAGGACGUUGGAAUGCCACGCAGCCGUCUUGUGUUGCAAUCACCUGUCAGAAUCCAGAGGAAGCUCCUCACCUGAUCACCACGUGCAGCAGCUCUCCCUCUGAGCUGCGGCUAGGCUCCACCUGCAGCUUCGACUGUGGAGCCGGCUUUGUGCUGCAGGGAGCUGACACCGUCCAGUGUUCUGGUGACGGGCGGUGGAACAGAGCCAUACCUACCUGCAAAGAAAUGAAAUGUCCUGCCCCCGAGAUUCCAACAAGUGGCAGCAUCUUCUGCAGCCUCCCUCUGUCCUCAUCUGCAUCUCCAGAGACCCCCCAUCCACUUGGUAUGGUCUGCAAUUUUACCUGUGAUGAAGGCCACGAGUUGGAAGGUGCUCCCAGCAUGGAGUGUGAUCAUCCAGGCCAGUGGACCUCCUCACCACCCACCUGCACAGCUGUUAAGUGUGACAGGGAGGAGGUAACUGUCCCUUCAAAAGGAAGUGUCAACUGCUCUCACAAGUAUGGAAACUUCUCCUUCGACUCAUUGUGCGAGUAUUCCUGUGAGGAAGGAUACGAGCUGAGUAUGUCGAGACCCCUGAGAUGCACCGGCUCCAAAGAGUGGUCGGACCAGCCUCCUACAUGUGAACCGGUCCAGUGUCCGGAGCUGACUCGUCCUGAAGGAGGAUCCAUGGAUUGCUUCACUCCUCUGGGCCCCUCCAGGUACCAGACCACCUGUGUGUUUGCCUGUGACGAGGGCUUCGUCCAAGCUGGUUCCUCCUCUGACACUCUGCACUGUGAGGCAUCAGGACGUUGGAAUGCCACGCAGCCGUCUUGUGUUGCUCUAAGGUGCCCGUCGCUCGAGGCUCCAGAAAAUGGUCACAUCGACUGCUCAAACAGCGAUCCCGUGUUCAACACUCAGUGCUCCUUCACGUGCACCCCAGAAUACUCACUGGAUGGGCAUGAGCUGCUGAACUGUGAUCGCCAUGGCAACUGGACUGGGGAGAGACCCACCUGCCAAGCUUCCCCAUCCAAGUUGAGUGCUAUAGCCUCUGGUGUGGCAUCAGGGGCCGCACUGAUAAGUGGUCUGUCUCUUGCUUUUUGGAUCCUGAAACGACUGAAACUGAGGAAAGACACAUUUGAGCUGAGCAGCAACUCCGACAUAGAGGCCCCUCCCCAGGUCUACAAAAACAGCCUUGACAGUCUCAUAUAGAGAUACACUCAGGAUCUUCGGGGCCAACUAAGGACAACGAUAGGCUGUGUGUCUUUAACUUAUCUGUGUGUGAGUCACUGGACAUAGUAAUGUCCUCAAUGUGAAUCCUCGUUGUUUGUAUAAAUCUUUUUUUAGUUUGAUAGCAGGAAAAUCCCAGUAUUUCAAAGCUAUCAGGGGUGAGAAGAAAUGUUUUCUUUAGAACUUUCCAUUCAUUUCAAUGAGUUUUUGUAGUGUUGUUCGGACAUGUACACUAAAUCCUCCCAAGGGGGAUUCUAUAUAGAGCAUAUUGUUCUGCUGCUUCAUGUACAUGAUGGAAAUAUGCUUCUAUUCAUGUUAUUGCAAGUGUUACAUAACAUUGUGAGUGUGGUUGGACUGCUGUGUUAUUCCCGACCUGUGAAUACUUUUCUAUAUUGAUGCCAGUAUUUAUAUACCUAUUUAUUUAAUGCAUUUGAACUGUCAAUAAAUAUUUAUGAAUCAACCUUA